AUAUAUAUAUUAAGCUUCCCGGAAUGGUUAUGGCUCCUUGGCAAUGUUUCAAGAGUUAAAAAGCCUCCAUUGCAAGAGUGGGACAUCCCUUAUGUUGUUAUGUUGUAAAGGUCACCUUAGUGAUCGUCAAGUAAAAAAAAAAAAAAAUGAUCCUAAGGGUGAAGCUCAUGUUCGUGUAAUAAUUUCAAUGCUCAAUGUGAAAAACAAAUGAUGUAUGAAUUUUUUUUGGGAUGUGAAUAGGCCGUGUUAAACAAAAAUCCGGCCAAGAGAGGUGCAAAUUGACUUCUUGGAACAUUAUCUUGAAUUUCUCUAGGAAGGAAGUGUGUCUUGAAAAUGAUUUUUCACUUUAUGGGUGGAUAUAGGUUUAUAAGUGGAAAGAAAUUAACAUUCUCACUAUUUUAUGGUGUCAUGAGUAAGUCUUCUUUGAGCUUAAGCUUCCUUGUUAGAAUGUUGAUAAUCAUUUGUUUUUUAUCUAUUCAUUUGAUAAAUUUGGAAGGUUCUUCAAUCCUUAUGUUUAUUAAUUUUGUCUAAAGUUAAGCUCUUGGUAGCAUCCUUGAUCAAUAUGAAUCAAUUCUAACUCCUUGAUUGAAAGACAAGUAUGUCAUUCUAUUGUAUUUUAGCCUUGGUGAAUCAAAUUUUCAAUUUUUGGAAAGCUUGUUGGAGUAUUUCUUGUGUCUUAUCGUCAGUUUUUUUGUCUAAGUCUUUUUUCAGUAGGGUGUCGAUCGAUCUGCUGAAUUUGUGGAUCGAUCCACUGUGUGCACAGUCUUGUGACCGAGAGCCCUUGAACGAAUUGAGGAUCGAUCCACCAAGAUCGAUACCACUUGCUCCAACACUUAGAAAUUUUCGUGAAAAGUUUCCUGCACAAUUUUUUCCAUUGAGAGCUCUUGAACGAAACUUGGAUCGAUCCACCAAGAUCGAUACCACUUAUCUCUUAGUAAAAAAAAAUUCCUAUUUUGUCCUUGGUCUUGUGAGUUUUUUUAAAGAGGAUAUAAGGGGUAAAAUUGUCAUUCCGUGUAAAAAAAAAAAAAUCAAAAUCCCCAAUCUUUAAAAACCCCUCUUCCAUUCUCAAUUGAGCCCUAAUUUCAAAAUCUUUCAAAAAGGGUCUUCAUCUUCUUCUUCUUUUCUUCUUCAUUGCAUAAGCUUCCACCACCAUGGUUGCUGAAAUUUAUUUCUGAUGAAGUCCUCCUCCGUCAUCAUUCUUUUCAACAUUGGAAAUCUCUACAUCAAUGUUUCAUUGGCACCAUUUCUUUUCCGGAGUGGCUCAUUCACGGGUUUCUUAGCUUAAGCUAUCUUUUUCAGGAACCUUGGGUGUUCGGUUUGUCCAUCUUUCUCUCCACCAUUAGCUUAAUCUAGAUGCUUUCUUUGUGUGGAAUCCUUUCACAACAUAUUUUUUUUGAGUUUCAUUUUUGCCUUGGAUUGUUUUUGCUUUCUAGCAAUGUUAAUCCUAGGCUUUGUUUGCUCAUUGUGAGUGCCCUCUAUACAUUUUCAUGCUUGGAAUCUAUUUUCAUGGUGAUAAAGCAUUUUUUUGGAAGUUUUUAAAUGAAACCAUGUGAUGAGAUUUAGGGGGAGUUUCGUAUAUCUUAUGAUGGGAGUUAAGGGGAGAUUCUUGUAUCCUAUAUUUUUUUGGGGAUGUUGAUAUGGAUGCUUGGUAAUAUGUGAAUACUUGAUUUUUGAGUAUUUGACAUUUUGUUGAAAUGUGGAUGUUUGUUGAUUUGGAUGUGAGAUAUUCUACUAAUUGAAUUGUCAUCCAUUUGUCUUUUUUCUUGGAUAGAAAGGGAGAGAUUGUGGCCCUUUGUCUCUUUCUAGGACAAAAAGGGGAGAGACAUUGUAGUUAUUAUUUUGGUGAUUGGAUAUAUGUGGAUAUCUAUGUGUUAAUUCAUUCAAAUCUUGUGGAAGUGCCUUAGAAUAUGUACAGGUGCUACUAAUGUUUUUCUUGAGAUUUUUUUUGCAGGUAUUAUAGUACCUAGGUUGUGGUUUUGAGUGAGUGAGUGGCCUUAUAUGAGAGUUGGGCGGGGCUUACUUACUUGUACUCAUUCGUGUUGUAAAGGGUUUUGUCCCAGAAUUGCCAAAGGGGGAGAUUGUGAGUGUUUAGCUAGGUUGGCAAUUCCGGACAAAAUUCCUAAGUGUCCCCUAACUCGGCUUUUCUAUUCCUAUUCGGACUACUUGACUUUGAAGACUAAGACUUUGCUAAGAGGCCGAAGUAUGUAGCUGAGUGUGUGGUGAUUGGAUGUGAAUCAACCCGGUUUUUAAUCUUUAAAUGUGUUAGAAAGUUGGGAAAAAUGGUUUUUGGUGCAAGGCUUUCAUUCCUCUGUUUCUGGAUCGAUCCAGGUGUAGGGGUGGAUCUAUCCAACUAAUGUUUUUUUGAUCAAAUCUCAGCCAUUAGAUUAAGGGUUUCUUUUUACACUUUAAAAACCAAUCUUCUCUCAUUUUUUGGUGAGAGAGACUGCUGAAAACGUGGGGGGAGCAGCCACACUCCAAGGGUUCUUCAUUUCUCAUUUUUGCUUUCCUAAAUUGGGGUUUUUGAUUGCAAAGAAAAUCCAUUUCUCUUAAUGUUUUCAAAACUGUUUUCAAUGGAUUUUCUUGUGCAAUAAAUGGGUUGAUUCAUUCCUUCAUUCACAUCUAAAUCUCUCAUUCUAUUUGGGUUGUGCAAAAACCCAUUUUCUUCUUGUGUGGAUUCAAGAAGAGGCCGAGAUUGAACUUGGUGCGGACUCCAAGUGUGCUCCAAAAUGAGAAGCUGAAAAUAAAGGUACUAGUCAAGUAUUCCGGGAAGGAUUGGUUGGCUUGAGCUAGGUAAAACCUUGUACUCAGUUUUUAUUCUUCAUAGUGGAGUUUUCAAUCGGUGAUAGGCUCGUGGUUUUUGAUCUCUUCAGAGGUUUUCCACGUUAAAAAUCCGGUGUUCAUUGUCUCUUUCUCUCACUCUAUAUUUUGAUUUAUUUUUGAGGAGUGUUGAAGCAUUUGCAUGUGUUUUGCAUUUAUAAAUUGUUGGGAGAGUGUUGAUGCAUACAUUAUUGCUUGUGGAUGUUUUGCUUUGUUGAAAAGUUAUUAGAAGAAAAAUUUCUUGACAUUAAGAUAGUCUAAGGUUAGGUAAUCUUUGUUGGGAGAAUUUUUAAAUUGUUCUACAACACCUAUUCACCCCCCCUCUAGGUGUAGUUCAUUAUUGAGAUUCACAUUUUCAAGAGCAUUAUUUUGCAUCAUUUGUAUACCUUUUACUGGAAGAAACAAAGGCUCAACUCUCUUUAGGUUUGGAGCUUAUUUCCAGGGCACCUUUUGCUGAAGUUAUCUGUAUUGACAAGGUUGAACCAGAUGAAGAAUUACUAUACAAUGUCAGGGUUGAUUACUGGAGAAACAGGUCCGCUGGCCGUUGUCUGGACCCUUAUAGAACAGUGCCUGGAGAUCUUGUUAUUUUUGCAGAUUCUAAAUUUGAAACUUUUUCUGAUGUACAAUGCUUGGGGAGGAAGACAUGGGCUUUUGCAUUGGUCACUGAAGUCAGAGAGAAUGAGAUUGAGGAUGAUGGUACGACUGUUUGUUUUAAAGUCAGAGUAUCAAAAGAGAGAACAGAAGGAGAUGGGAAGAAAUGGACCUUCAUGUAUUUCCUAAUUAAUAUAACAACUGGUGAAAGAAUUUGGAAUGCACUACACAUGUCUGGGAAUCUGAAUAUUAUCAAACAAGUUUUGUUCACUGAUUCAAAGGUUAAAGAAAGUUGUGAACUCUGUCCUGAGAGCAGCAGUGGAGUAUGCACUGAAAAUUUUGGCACAAUCCUAUCGUCUAAGCUGAAUAAGUCUCAAAUGGCUGCGGUUUUGGCUUCACUUCGUAAAAUUCACUGCAACCACAAGUCAUCUGUGGAACUUAUCUGUGGCCCACCAGGAACAGGGAAGACUAGAACUAUUAGUGCAUUGCUAUGUGCUCUCUUGGGAACAAAUAUAAGGACUCUUACUUGUGCUCCAACUGCUGUUGCAGUUAAGGAGGUGGCAUCUCGGGUUAUGAAGCAUUUGAAAGAGUCAUUCGAAACGGACCCUCAGAAGGAUGCUUCGCUUUGUUCCUUGGGAGAUCUCUUCUUUGGUGACUAUGACUCCACUGGAGUUGGUUCAGAGAUGAAAGAGAUAUAUUUGGAUCAUCGUGUAGAAAGACUGGCAAAGUGCUUUGAGCCACUAAAUGGUUGGAGGCAUUCUUUCAACUCAAUGAUAGUUUUCCUUGAAGGUGGUGUUUCUGAGGACCAUGUCUCUGAAGAUGAAUUGUCUAAAAUGGAGGAAGGCAGCAUUGAAGGUAGCAAGGGAAAGAGAAAAACAUAUCUUCAGUUGGCAAGAGAGCAGUUCAAAUCUACUUCUUUGCAUCUCAGGGAACUUGUCAAUACUCUCUCUACCCAUAUACCCAAAAGCUUUAUUAUGGAACACAACUUCCAAGCAAUGUUAUCUCUUCUAGGCUUCCUCAGUUCUUUUGAAUCUUUGUUGCAUCAAGACAAUAUGGUUUCUGAAGAACUAGAAAACCUGUUUGCAGGGAAAGAAAAUGUGAAGCAUUCUUCUAAGUCUGUUGCGGAUUCAUCAACCUUGAUGUACAUCAGAAGCGAAUGCCUUCACAUUCUAAAAAAUCUUCAGAAUUCGCUUGAUGAGCUUCAAUUUCCAAAGAAUAUCAGAAAAGAUUUGUUAAUAGAUUUCUGUUUUCAAACAGCUUCUUCUAUUUUCUCCACUGCUUCUGAUUCGCAUAAACUGCAUUUGGUGGAUAUGAAGCCAUUAAACAUUUUGGUUAUUGAUGAAGCUGCACAGUUAAGAGAGUGUGAGUCAACCAUUCCACUCCAACUUCCUGGUAUAAAGCUUGCUAUUCUGAUUGGGGAUAAGUUCCAAUUACCCUCAAGAGUGACAAGCAAUAUCUGUGAUAAAGCCGGCUUCGGGAGAAGCUUAUAUGAAAGAUUGAGUUCACUGGAUCAUGCAAAGCACUUCCUCAAUCUGCAGUACCGAAUGCAUCCAUCAAUCAGUUUGUUUCCAUGCUCAAAUUUUUAUGCCAAUCAAAUAUUGGAUGCUCCAAAUGUUAAGCAUAAAGCCUAUGAAAAAAAAUAUCUUCCCGACCCAGUUUUUAGACUAUAUUUAUUCAUAAAUAUUUCUUGUGGGAGGGAGGAAGUGGAUGAGGUUGGACACAGUGUGAAAAAUAUGGUUGAGGUGGCUGUUUUGAUGAAGAUAGUACAGAAUCUAUACCAAGCUUGGAGGAGUGGAAUAAAGGAAGAGCUUAGAAUUGGUGUACUAUCCCCAUAUACUGCUCAAGUACUUGAAAUUCAAGAAAGACUCAAGCAGAAAUAUGAGAACAACGAUAUGUUUUCAGUAAAGGUACAGACAAUUGAUGGGUUCCAAGGUGGAGAAGAAGAUAUAAUACUGAUAUCAACUGUACGAGCUAAUAAUUUUGGAUCAGUUGGGGUGAUGGCCGAUGUUAAAAUAACUAAUGUUGCUUUGACAAGAGCUAGACAUUGUCUUUGGAUUUUGGGGAGUGAAAGGACCCUAGUUAUGAGUGAAACAGUGUGGAAAGAUAUUGUCCAUGAUGCUAAGGAUCGACAUUGUCUUUUGAAUGCUGAUGAAGAUUGUGAUUUGGCCAAUACCAUGUUUAAGGUCAAGGCGGAGCUUCAUGAACUGGAUGAUUUGCUUAAUAGGGAUAGUUCACUGUUUAACAGUGCUAGAUGGAAGGUUAUUUUCAGUGAAAAUUUUAGAAAAGCGUUCUAUAACUUGAAGUCAUCUCAUACUCAGAAUAUGGUCAUCGCCUUAUUACUAAAACUGUCAACUGGCUGGCGACCUAAAAGGAGGAAUAUAGAUUUGCCUUGUGAAAGUUCUUCCAAGAUUUUGAAAAAAUUCAAGGUGGGAUAUCUGUACAUUGUUUACUCAAAUGAUCUUCAGAAGGAAUGUGGCUACUAUACCCAGGUUCUUAAGGUUUGGGAUAUAUUAGCAUUGGAGGAUAUUCCGAAGCUGGUUAAACACCUUGACAGCCUAUUUGAAAUGAACACUGAUGAUUAUCUCAGUCGUUGCAAGAAGAAAUCUUGGGAGGGGGAAUUGGAAAUUCCAAUGAGUUGGACAACUUCAUAUGAUAUUGUUCAAUACAAGAGUCUUAGCAAUAAUGCAACUGGUAAAAUUUCAAAUGUUAGUGGUCUGGCCAGAAGAGGCGGUUUUGAGAACUCAAUUGUGAGUGAGAGCUUUUUAAUUAUGAAAUUUUACUCCGUGACAUUUAAUAUGGUGCGACACUUUAUUUCUGGCCAUGAUGGUAGAGAACUGGAUCUUCCCUUUGAAUUAACUGACCAAGAGCGGGAGACCAUUUUCUUCAAUAGAAGCAGUUUUAUACUUGGAAGGUCUGGCACCGGGAAAACUACAGUUUUGAGCAUGAAGCUAUUCCAGAAAGAGCAAUUGUUUCAUAUUGCUUCAGAGGGAUUAUAUGAAGUUGAGGGCCAUUCGUCUACGCAUGCUAGUCAGAGAAAUGAAAUUGGUGAAUGCACUGGAGAUGCAAAGGGAGCAUGCUUGCACCAACUUUUUGUUACAGUUAGUCCGAGACUGUGUAAUGCCAUUAGACGACAAUUAUCUCACUUCCAAAGCUUUGCUUCUGGUGGGGAAUUUUUGGUAGAAAGCAGUUCACUAGAUUUGGAUUAUAUCGAUGACACGGUGCAAUUCAAGGAUAUUCCAGAUUCUUUUGUUAAUAUCCCAUCGAAGUCAUACCCCCUUGUUAUCACUUUUCAUAAGUUUUUGAUGAUGCUUGAUGGAACAGUGGGUAAUUCGUACUUCUCAAGAUUUCCUGAUGCACAUAAACCUUCAAGAACCGUUACCCUGAAAACCUUUAUCAGAUCAAGAGAGGUUAAUUAUGAGAGAUUCAUAUCAUCUUACUGGCCCUAUUUCAAAUCCCAUCUAAUAAAAUAUCUUGACUCUUCUGCAGUUUUUACUGAGAUAAUUUCUCAUAUAAAAGGUGGGUUAGAAGCAGGAAAGGCCCAUGAUGGUAUACUCUCUCGUGAGGACUAUCUUUUACUAUCUAAGGCUCGGGUGUCUACUCUUACCAGGGAGCAAAGAGACAGAGUUUACGAUAUUUUUCUAGAAUAUGAAAAGAAAAAGUUCAAGAAGGGUGAAUAUGAUUUGUCUGACUUAGUAAUGGAUCUUCAUUUUCGACUUAGAAGUGAAAGAUAUGAAGGUGAUCACAUUGAUUUUGUGUACAUUGACGAGGUGCAGGACCUGACCAUGAGACAGAUUGCUCUUUUCAAGUAUGUCAGUAAAAAUAUUGAUGAGGGAUUUGUUUUCUCGGGUGAUACAGCACAAACUAUUGCUAAGGGGGUUCAUUUUAGGUUCCAGGAUAUACGCCAUUUGUUUUUCAAGGAAUUUGUAUUGGGCUCUAGAACCGAUGCAACUGAUGAAAAGAAAGAGAAAGGAAAAUUAUCGAAAAUUUUUCAUUUGAGCCAGAACUUUCGCACACAUGCUGGUGUGCUUAACUUAGCACAAAGUAUAAUUGACCUUCUUUACCAUUUCUUCCCUUUAACUAUUGAUGUAUUGAACCCUGAGACAAGCCUUAUAAAUGGGGAAGCUCCAGUUUUGAUUGAAUGUGGGAAUUUCAGAGAUGCAUUACCAACUAUUUUUGGAGAUAGCGAAAACGCCCAAGAGAAUGUUGGUUUUGGAGCGGAGCAGGUUAUAUUAGUGCGGAAUGAUUCUGCUAAGGAGGAAAUUUCUAAAUAUGUUGGAAAGAAAGCUCUUGUUCUGACAAUAUUGGAGUGCAAGGGCCUAGAGUUUCGGGAUGUCUUGUUGUGUAACUUCUUUGGGUCAUGCCCUUUCAAACACCAUUGGAGAGUCUUAUAUCAGUUUAUGAAUAAGAUUAAUUUGGUUGAUUCUAAAUCCCUUAUAUCUUUUCCAAGUUUUGAUGAGGCAAAACACAAUGUCUUGUGCUCUGAGCUGAAGCAACUAUAUGUGGCAAUAACUCGUACACGGCAAAGGUUAUGGAUCUGUGAUAUUAUAGAUGAAGUUUCCAAACCAAUGUUCGAAUACUGGGAAAAGUUGUCCCUCAUUCAGGUCAGAUGUCUGCAUGAUUUAGUUGCUCAGGGAAUGCAAGUUGCAAGCAGACCAGAUGAGUGGAGGUCACAGGGUUUCAAGCUCUUCCAUGAACAUAACUAUGAAAUGGCAAGACUCUGCUUUGAAAAAGCAGGGGACAUGUACAAUGAAAAGUUUGCUAGGGCUGCUAGUCUUCAAGCAUUGGCUAUUAGUAUAUCCAGUUCAAGUCCUCAAAUGGCCAAAAAUUACCUUAGUGAGGCUGCUGAUAUGUUUGAAGGCAUUGGCAAGGCUGAAUAUGCUGCCAAGUGUUUUUUUGAAAUGAGGAGUUACGAAAGAGCAGGGAGAAUUUAUAUGGAACAAUGUGGGGAACCUAUGCUGGAUAAAGCCGGGGAAUGUUUUUCUCUGGCAAGAUGCUACAAGAGUGCAGCUGAGGCCUAUGCUAAAGGAAACUAUUUCUCAGAGUGUUUGGCUGUAUGCAUUAAAGGAAGACUCUUCUACAUGGGUUUGCAGGUCAUCCAGCAGUGGAAACAAAACAGUAAGGGUGCUAUUAAAGAAAGUGGUGAAAUACACAGAAUUGAACAGAAUUUGUUAGAAGGAUGUGCCCGUCACUGUCAUGAGCUUAAAGAUCUCACAGGCAUGAUGAAGUAUGUUAGAGCUUUCCAUUCCUUUGAGUCGAUUCGCACUUUCUUGAGGGACUUAUGUUGUCUAGAUGAGCUUCUUUUGAUUGAAAAAGAAAAGGAAAACUUUGUUGAGGCUGCAAAUAUUGCAAAGUGCAUUGGAGAUAUAUCAUUAGAGGUUGAAAUGCUGGUGGAGGCUGGAUGUUUGGAAGAUUCUUCAAAGGCUAUUCUGCAGUAUGUGUUAGUCAAUUCUCUGUGGCAACCUGGAAGCGAAGGAUGGCCUUUGAAGCAGUUUAUACGAAAGAAGGAGCUUGUAAACAAAGCCAAAGUAAAUGCUGAGAGGGUUUCAAAGCAGUUUUAUGGAUUUAUCUGUACAGAGGUUGACAUCUUAUCACAUGAACAGAGUACCUUGUUUGAGCUGAAUGAGUAUUUUAGAUCUUCCCAGAAUAAUGGAAGUGUUAGAGGUGAAAUCUUAUCUGCUCGAAAAAUUAUUGAUGCUCACCUUCAUUUAAUAAGUAUCUUGGAGGAUAGGGGGAAAUCUGAUUUAUAUACCUAUCUGACAACACAUUCAGAAGAAAGAAUAUCCAGUAACCAGUUCUCCAUUGAAACUUUGGUUCACUUCUGGAAGUUUUGGAACUUCUGGAAGGAUGAGAUUGUGAAUAUAUUAGAAUAUCUCGGUGGAGCUAUUAAGAAAUAUGUGGAUUAUAAAGAGUUCUGUUUGAAUUACUUGGGUGUGCUGAAGCAGCCCAAUAAGCGAACUCCUCUUUACCUUGUGCUCUACCCUGAGGCAGAUUGGGUAAGAAAAACCGAUGACAGAUUUUUGCAUAGAAAUGGAAAAUUGGUCUUCAUUGAUGCUAGUCAGUUUGUCUCUGCUGCCAGGAGUUAUUGGUGUGCAGAAUUACUUUCUGUAGGCAUAAAGAUUUUGGAAAUUCUUGAAAACUUGUAUCAGUUCUGUACCAGGAAUUCCUUUCCUGUGUUUUGCCAAAGCAUUCCUCUUAUUUAUAUAUUUGAUGUGACUAAUUUUCUUAUGAAGACAGGGUCACUGCACUGCUGGCAUCCUCAUGCCGAGACACUCCAAAUGUUUCUUGAAAAAUCAAGUGAGCGCUUCUUUGGCUACAUAUAUCCCCUCGACUGGCGAAAAUCAUCUACUGAGGAUAUGGUGUCUCUCAGAGAAAAUAAGCUUGCUGGGAAUUUACUUAGAGAAGUUAUUCUUAAAAACAUCAGCUUGAAGGGAAACCUCACAUAUGGUCAAAUUGGGAGGGCAGUGAUGAUUAUGCUUGGGUCAUGUAAGCUAACUGACGAAUUUGCGGAAAGCUUUAAUAAGGAUUCACCAUGGAAAGACUUUAUUAAGAGACUUUGUGUUACUAAGAGAUCAGAACUGUCUUCAAAGAGUUCUGCUGCUGCUCAGGAAGAACUUUCAUUGAUUUUGAAGCUCCGUGAAGCACUGGAAGACACAAUGCCAACUGGCGAAAAGGAAUUGAUUUUGUGUCACCAGUUUGUUUCUAGUAUCUUGUGGAACACCUAUUGUUUUUAG